GACUUUUUGUCCGGCUCGCGGAGGAUUCUGGGAAAUGUGGCUCGGCGGUGGGUGCCAUACAGGAUCCGUCCUGCGGUAGCUUCAGGUUUGGCGGCGGCAUCUAGACUCAGGAACGAUUCUGAGCAGUGUUGUUCCGGGACGUGGACGGCCGUUGACUGCUCACCAGCGACGCUGCGAUUCAGGUCCUCAGAGGUGCGGGCUCGGAGCGCCUGCGGGGACGGUGAGGCCCCGCUGAGGACUCCGGCAAGUGUGGGUCCUGGGGGCGGCGGCGGGGCUCGGGCCCUGCGUCGGCCCGCGGUGUGACCCCGGCCGGGGUCUUGGCUUUUUCUGGCCUUCGUGUCCUGCUGUGUAAACACGGGGUGAUGACGGCGCCGACCUCUUGGCGCGGUUGCGAGAGAGAAGUGGGCCCGAGAGCAGACGCCAGCCACAGUUGUUUUUGGGUUGUGUAGUCAUGAAGCCGGCGCUUUGCAGUUGUGUAACCUUGAACAAAUGGGUUCAGAAUCUUGGAAUUUCAGUUUUGUCGUUGGUUUGAAAAAGAAAUCUGGAAUAAUGUGAGUGCCCAUCGCGCAUAGUGGGGAAGAUUGAACGAGCUGAUAAAGUUAUUACUGUUGUUUUAUGAGGCUUUUAUGUACAGAAUAAUUGAUUUUCCUCGCAAGUGGCACCUGGUAAAUUGUUACGCCUUGCGGAGAAACACCUGUUUGUUUCCAGGGAGAGAUUAGCGCCCCGGAGAGUGAUUACCAAGGUGCUUUUCCAUUACGGGAUGUCACAGGUGAUGCAAGAUAAAAGCGUGAUUUUUCCUGACUGCUUUUUCCUGCCCUUCUGUGCCCUCAAGACACUGCCCAUUUCUAAGAUAAGAGCCUGGAAAGAGGACUCUGCUGGCUGUUGGAAAUUGCAGAGUAAUGUCUCAACAGGUCUUUCCAUUACUAAGCCAUAUGUGAUCACAUUAUUGGAGGAUGGAAAAGAGCCCUGGAUGAUGGAGGAAAAACUGUCUAAAGGUGUGACUCCAGAUUGGGAAUCAAGAUUGGAAAACAAGGAAUUUUCAACAAAGAAGGACAUUUAUGAGGAAGAUUCACUUCAAACGUUAAUAAUAGAAAAAGUUGUAAAACAAAGUUAUGCAUUUUCAAAUUCUAGUAAGAACUUGGAAUAUAUAGAGAAGCGGGAAGGGAAGCAUGGAAGUCAGGUGGAACAUUUCAGACCAGCUCUCACCUCUAGAGAAAGCCCCACUGGGGACAGUUGCACAUACAACACAUUGAGAAGCACCUUUUAUUCAAAGUCUACUCUUUCUGAACCACAAAAAAUUUCUGCUGCAGGGAAUUCACACAAAUAUGAUAUAUUAAAGAAGAAUUUACCCAAAAAGUCAUUUAUAAAAAAUGAGAGACUCAGUGGUAGAAAGAAACUUUUGAAUUCUAAUGAAAGUGGAGCAGCCUUCAACCAGAGCAGAUCUGUUCCCCUUUCCCAGACUUGUGAUAGAGAGAAAAUCUAUACAUGCAGCGAAUGUGGGAAAGCCUUUGGCAAACAGUCAAUCCUUAAUCGCCACUGGAGAAUUCAUACAGGAGAGAAGCCCUAUGAAUGUCGUGAAUGUGGGAAGACUUUUAACCGUGGCUCAUCCCUUACACGACAUCAGAUAAGCCAUAGUGGAGAGAAACCCUACAAAUGUAUUGAAUGUGGGAAGGCCUUUAGCCAUGUCUCAUCACUUAGACAACAUCAGAUAAUCCAUAGCGGAGAGAAACCUUACAAAUGUAUUGAAUGUGGGAAGGCCUUUAGCCAUGUCUCAUCAUUUACGAACCAUCAGAGCACUCACAGUGGAGAGAAACCAUAUGAAUGUACGAACUGUGGAAAGUCUUUUAGUCGUGUGUCCAAUCUCAUUGAACAUCUAAGAAUUCAUACCCAAGAAAAACGCUAUGAGUGUCGUAUAUGUGGAAAAGCUUUCAUUCAUAGGGCUUCAUUCAGUCACCAUCAGAAAAGCCAUACUGGAGAGAAGCCUUAUGAAUGCAGUGAAUGUGGGAAAGCUUUCUGCUGUAGCUCACACCUUACUCAACAUCAAAGAAUUCACACUAUAAAGAAAAAAUAUGAAUGCAACAAAUGUCUGAAAGUCUUUAGUAGGCCCUCAUAUCUUCUUCAGCAUCAGAGUAUUCAUACUGAGGAAAAACCCUUUGAAUGUCAGAAGUGCCGGAAAUCCUUCAACCAGCUUGACUCACUGAAUAUGCAUUUGAGAAAUCACAUUAGUUUGAAACCUCAUGAAUGCAGUAUAUGUGGGAAAGCCUUCAGUCAUAGGUCAUCCCUGCUUCGACAUCACAGAAUUCAUACUGGAGAGAAACCUUACGAAUGUAUUAAGUGUGGGAAGGCGUUUGGCUGUAGUUCACACCUUACUGUCCAUCAGAGAAUUCAUACUGGAGAAAAGCCAUAUAAAUGUAGUGAGUGUGGGAAAGCUUUUAGCAAAGGCUCAAAUCUUACUGCCCAUCAAAGAACACAUAAUAGAAACCCAGUAGUGUGGUAAAAGCCUCUAGGCCACAUGAAUCAGUAUACAUGUGAGAAAUCUUACAGAAGAGAAGCUGUAUGUAGCAGUAUUUAUGAUAAACCUCAUUCAUAGAUUCUCAUUUAACAUCAGAAACAUUUAUACUGGAGAAAGUCUUACGAAUAUAGUGAAUAUGGGAAGACAAUGAUGCAGACCCUUUUGUUUUCAGAGUUUACACUGUAGGCAAAUCAUAUGAAGACCAUAAAUGUGGGAGAGUGUUCGUCAGUAUUAAUCCCUUAAUUAACAUAAGUAUACUGACACUAGGAAAAAAACCACGUACAUGUAGCAAAUAUGGGAAAGACUGUAGGCAAUAGGAAUCUCCUAUAAACUCCUACAGGAGAGAAGCUGUGUGAAUGUAGAAAAUUUAGAAAUUGAGGGCAGUCUUCAGUUUCAAGUACAUCCCUUAUUUUACAAAAACUCACUGCAGAGAAAUCUCAUUUAAGAGUUGUAGCGAAGUGUUCACUAAGUGUUUAUCCUGCUAGACAUCAGAUUAACGAUAGAACAACCUGAAGGUUUUAGAAAUUACAUGUAAAUCUUUGCAGUGACACUAUUUGUAAACGGGAUUCUGCAGUAGAACAAAUAAAGAUAGUAUAAUUAAGUGUGCAUUUCUUAGAGCAGUAGCUUGCAAGUUUUGUCGUGUUCUACUUAGAAAUUCUUUUUAGCUAGUGGCCAUCUGAAGAUAUUUAGUCACCGGAGGAGCCAGUAAAUGUUAUAAUGUGUUUUUUU